CUCUUUGUCAUUUUCCUCCUCCCCCCCAGCAGCCACUUACUAUGAAAGCAGGCCAACAGCUGAGCGUGUGCACACAUCAGCCGCCCUCUCCUUCCUCAUCAUGAGCCUGAGCCGCAGCAAGAGGAUCAGCUCGGGCGCCUCGGUCCGCCGCUCCAGCGGCUUCGGGUCGCCCGCGGCCGGCUUUUGCGGCGUCUCGCUCGGCGCGGCCAACAGCGGCGGCCACCUGCAAGGCGCCCCGCUUUCCUCGCUGUCGGUCAACAAGAGCCUGCUGGCCCCCCUGAACCUGGAGAUCGACCCCAGCCUCUCCAUGAACCGAGCCCACGAGAAGGAGCAGAUCAAAAGCCUCAACAACCGCUUUGCCGCCUUCAUUGAUAAGGUCCGCUUCCUGGAGCAGCAAAACAAGAUGCUGGAGACCAAGCUGGAGCUGCUGCAGGGCCAGGGCGCGGGCCGCUCCAACGUGGAGCCGCUGUUUGAGGUCUACAUGGCGGGUCUCAGGCGCCAAAUGGACCUGGUCAACAACGACAAGAGCAAACUGGACGGCGAGCUGAGGAACAUGCAGGGCCUGGUGGAAGACUACAAGCACAAAUACGAGGACGAGAUCAACAAGAGGAACAACCUGGAGAAUGACUUUGUCCUCCUGAAGAAGGAUGUGGACUCGGCCUACAUGGUCAAGUCCGACCUGGAAGACAAAGUGGGAGCUCUGACCGAUGAGAUCAACUUCCUGCGCGCCAUCUACGAGGAGGAGCUGCGCGAGUUGCAGGCCAGCAUCCGGGACACGUCGGUGGUGGUGCAGAUGGACAACAGUCGCAGCCUGAACAUGGAGCAGAUCGUGGCCGAGGUCAAAGCUCAGUACGAGGAGAUCGCCGCUCGCAGCCGAGAGGAGGCCGAGGCCUGGUACAAGAGCAAAUUCGACCAGAUGUCAGUGCAGGCCAGCCAGUUCGGAGACGAGCUCCGCGUGGUCAAGGGUGAAGUGGGCGAAGUCAAUCGCCUCAUCGGCCGCCUGCAGAGCGAGAUCGAGGCCGUCAAAGCGCAGCGCGGCAACCUGGAGAGCCAGCUGGCUGAGGCAGAGGACCGCGGGGAGAUGGCAGUGAAAGAGGCCAAAGCUCGCACCCGCGACCUGGAGGACGCCCUGCAGAGAGCCAAGCAAGACAUGGCCCGCCAGCUCAGAGAGUACCAGGACCUGAUGAACCUCAAGCUGGCUCUGGACAUCGAGAUCGCCACCUACAGGAAGCUGCUGGAAGGCGAGGAGGACAGAUUGGGCCAGCAGUCCAUCCUCAACAUCCAGGCCGUCAGCAACUACAGCAGCAGAAGUUCCAACGGUCACUACCAGAGCGCCGGCGGCUCUUCGCCUUCGAAGGUGCUCAUCAAAACCACCGAGACCCGAGACCACAGUAGAUACAGCACACACUAAACAAACAUCUGCCGCGCUCACAUUUACUCUUCCCUAAAACUGAGUACAGUGAUAAAAACUUCGAGAUAGCAAAUCUAACUCUACUUUCUUGGGUGUUUCUGUUUGGGGUGGAACUUCGAUAUCUCCUUCAAAUGUAUGCAAAUGAUUGUUGUGCUCAAACCUCAGUCAUAUGAAGUUAGAUGACUUGAAUACUUCCAGACAAUCUUACUAUUUUGUCUUGGUUUAUUUUUUUUCCUCCCUUUUGUUUGAAAUCAUAAUAAAACGACAGAAGGCA